UCAGACAGUAAAUUGAUAAAUGCAUGCCGCACAAUAACAAAAAAAAACUGGCAAAAGGCCUGCUCGUAAAAACAACAUUGAAUACUUUCGUAAAAUCAACCGUUUAUCAACCAUCAGAAAUCGUUUGAGAAUCGUGUUGAGAUUUCGAAGAAUAGCAUUCUGCCGAAACCAUGAUCAGUAUUUCAACUGUGAAUUCCCAAAUGUCUGGGAGGUCUGGGACUACGUUGUGAUAAGAGUGACAUAACCUAAGAAACGAAGAUUCCUGUCGAACGUGAACAGUGAGUGGAAUUUGUGAGGAACUGUGAAAAAUGACUGAAGGUGAGAUGGCUGUCGAGGGCGAAGGAGAAGCUGGUGAAUGCGCGGAAGUACCAUCGGAGGAAGACCGUCAGUAUUUGUUGGAUUACAUCAAAGAAACGGAACAGAGAUUGGCGGCAAAGGAAGAGAUUCGUUUGUCGAAUCUGAACGUGACGCGACCACCGGAUUCACAUUUCAGUAAGCUGGAUUCGAAUUUGAAAAAAAAUACAACAUUGGUCAAGAAAUUGAAAAACUUUAGCGCGACGCAACUGGAUGUUUUCCUGAAAGACAUGGCAAAUCUGAAUUUAACAAAGUACGUAAGUGAAAUAGCCAUUGCGUUGGUGGAUGCGAAGCUCAAAAUGACAGAUGUCAAUCCAGCAGUGCGAGCUUGUAGUUUCAUGCACCAAAACUACGCAGAGUUCUCAAGUCACUUUUUUGAAAACUGGCAGAGAGCUUUGAGUCUCAAGGUUGGUGAGAAAAUUGCCAAUCCAAGUAAACUCAGAGUAGAUUUAAGGUUUUACGCAGAGCUUGUUAACGCUGGUAUAUUUACGCACAAGCAAGGUCUCUCUUUGCUGGGUUCGGUGCUCACUGUUUUGAUCAACAUGGACAAAGAGGAGCACAAUAAUGCGAGUAUAAUCCUCAGCUUUUGUCGCCACUGUGGAGAAGAUUAUGCAGGUUUGGUUCCAAGACGAGUGCGAGAGCUGUCAGAAAAGCUGCAGAUUCCAGUGCCACGGAGCAAGCUCUUGUCUCCGGACAAACAACAAAACGUUCGUACUUUGUUGCGUGAUUAUUACAAUUCGUUGUGCAAACAUUUGUUGAAAGAGCACAAAGAGUUGCAAGCUUUUGAGAAGCAAAAUCGCAAAAUAUUGCAAACUCGAGGAGAACUCAGUACCGAAAGGAAAGAGAAGCUCGAAUCUCUGCAAUUAUCCUAUGAAAGAUUGGUUACCAGUGUCCAGAAUUUCGCUGAUACCCUGGAUGAGAAAAUGCCCGAAUUGCCUGUGGAUGCGGAGGUAAGAGCAGAAGCGGAGGAGAGUUUGAAGAUGAUAAGCGAGGGUGAGGACAACAGUAUAUUGGAAGACAUGUGGGGGGACGAAGAAACUCGAAGGUUCUACGAAGUGAUGCCCGAUUUGAUGGUGUUCAUGCCUGGUUCCUACCCAAAAGAAUCAAAUGUUCUUAAAAACGAGCCCUGCGCAACUCCCCUCAUCACAGAAGAGACCCUCGACGAAGAAAUAGUUUUUGACGAUUUGGAAGAAAUUGAAAAAGUAACAGAAGAAGCAGAGCCCGAGUACGAGGAACCUCAAGUGGCCAAUAUCAGCAAUAAAAUAAUGCUCGAUGCGUUUUUGACACAUUUACCAAACUGCGUUAAUCGCGAGAUGAUCGACAACGCGGCGGUCGAUUUUCUCAUGAAUCUCAAUACCAAGCACAACAAGAAAAAACUGAUAAAAGCUCUGUUCGGCGUGUCCAGAAUACGCCUCGAUCUACUCCCAUUUUAUUCGCGUUUGGCAGCAAUUCUUUAUCCAGUAAUGCCGGAUGUGGGUAAUGAUCUGUGUUCAAUGCUCAAACACGACUUCAAGUAUCACGUGCGGAAAAAGGACCAGAUCAAUAUCGAGUCUAAGGUCAAAGUCGUCCGUUAUAUCGGGGAACUGGUAAAAUUCAAGCUCUACUCAAAAAUCGAAGCGUUGUAUUGUCUGAAAGUAUUGCUCCAUGAUUUUACUCACCAUCACAUAGAAAUGACGUGCAAUUUAUUAGAAAUAUGCGGUAGAUAUUUGUUUUGUUCACCAGAUUCUCAUCAACGAACGAAAGUUUACCUGGAACAAAUGAUGCGAAAAAAGGCGGUAACGGCAUUGGAUUCCCGUUACGUGACGAUAAUCGAGAACGCUUAUUAUUUUGUAAAUCCACCAGAAUCGACGGUGGGAAUGUCGAAAAAAAUAAGACCACCGAUCCACGAGUUCAUAAGAAAAUUACUUUAUCAAGAUUUGUCGAAAACGAACACCGACAAAGUUUUGAAAUGGAUGAGAAAAUUGGAUUGGGAUGACGAUGCAACUGCGAGUUACGCGAUCAAGUGUUUGACAGCGGCUUACAACGUCAAAUACUUGAAUAUUCGCUGUGUCGGAAGUUUACUGGCUGGAUUGGUCGCUCAUUACGAAUUCGUUGGACCUUACGUCGUCGAUGGAGUUCUCGAAGACAUUAGACUCUGCAUGGAGAUGAAUCUGCCAAAGUACAAUCAACGCAGAGUCGCGAUGGUCAAAUACCUCGGCGAGUUGUAUAAUUAUCGUAUGGUCGAAAGUGGCGAUAUAUUUCGAACGCUUUACCUCCUUAUAACGUUCGGCGUCAGCACCGAUCACGCAGUUCCAAGUCCCUUGGACCCACCAGAGCACCUCUUCCGCAUAAGACUCGUGUGCACACUUCUGGAAACUUGUGGACAGUAUUUCAGCGGCGGUUCGAGCAAGAAAAAGCUCGAUUACUUCCUCAUAUUUUUCCAAAAUUACUAUCUUUUCAAGUACACCGAUCCUACUUGGACGAGCGAGAAUCCCUUCCCGAUAGGAAUCGAUUAUAUGUACAGAGACACAUUGGCGAUGUUGAGACCAAAGAUGCAAAUUUUCCAGAGCUACAAGGAGUCUCAGUGUGCCAUUGAAGAAUUGCGAGCAAAUUUGUAUCCCAGUUUGGUGAACAUGAGCGAGGAUGGAGCAGCUGAUCAGGAUAUGGAAAUGGGAGUCAUACCAGAAGUUGAAGAGGAGUCUGGGAGCGUGGUUGGAGGAGCUGGGGGUAACGGGGGUGGCGAUGCGAAAGCUGUGGGAGAUUUGCAUUUUGAGGAAGCAGAGGAUUUGUCGGAGGCUCAAUCGGACGAGGAUUGGUUCGGGGACCGUGACGAGAAUCAGGGCACGCAGGACAACACCCAGGGUGACCAAAGUCUUUCCCAAGGUUGCAACGAGGCAACGGGAGUUGUAAUGGACGCUUCGGAGCUGGAUGCGGCUUUGCCAUCGGGCCCUAAAAGGGUCAACUGUCCCGAGGACGACGAUUUUCUUUCGGCUUUUGAUAAAAUUGUAUCCGACAAUAUUCAGGACCGUAUGAGAGAUUCUGUGAAGCCGCAACAGGUCGACAUCAGUGUGCCUCUCCACGUGAAAAGCACGAAAAAAACAUACGAGCAGUUGCACGAAGUGCCAGCAGACACGAAAACCGUAGAUUUUGUUCUCAUGCUCAGAAAAGGCAACAAGCAACAGUACAAAAAUCUCGCGGUUCCCGUCUCCUCCGAACUCGCUCUUAAUCUUCGCAAUCGGGAGCAAGAACAAAAAGAAGAAAAGGAAAGAGUGAAAAGACUCACUUUGAAUAUAACUGAGAGACAAGAAGAGGAAGACUAUCAGGAAACUAUCAACCAAGGCACGCGACCAGUUACCGUUAACUUGAACAGAGAACGAAGACAAAAGUACAACCAUCCGAAAGGUGCGCCUGACGCUGAUCUCAUUUUUGGCCCCAAAAAAAUACGAUGAAGAACCUCAAAGAGUAUUUCCUUCUUCACUCAUGCUUUCGAGUCUCACGGUUCAUUUUCUAUGAAUUAUUUGAGAGUUUUUCAAAACAGACAAAAUAAUCAUUGGAAUGACGACGAGAAACACUGUAAUUAAUUUUUCAUUCUAGUGUGAAAUUUUGAACGAGAAAUAUUGUGAUAAUUUGUGCGCCAUUACAUGGACUCCUCGACAUACACUUCUAUACUUUGUUUUAUAUCUCUCAUUCAUUUUUAUUCGUUACGAAACAUUUAGUCGAAUGCGUUUGCAUUGACUCGAAUAAAAAAACAAACAAACUAAAAUUCAAAUUUUAUUUAAUAAAAUCUUGAUGAAUUUCGUAAA